GUUUCUUUUUCUUUUUUUUAUUUUCUGCACAAAAUGUCUUCAAAGUUGUUCGAAAAGCUUCUGCAAGACUCGAAAUCACUUGUCGAUUCUAAUGAAAACAAUGAUAGUUCUAAAUUACAACGAGAGUUGGGGCAAAUUGCCUCUGAAUCCUUUUUAUUAAAAUCAAAAUUCAAUACUGGACAAGGUCUUGACGCCACUGCGCAUUAUUUUUUAGCACAAAGUGGUACAAACACACAGGGAACGAUCGAGAAAUUGAACUCCAUUGACACUCGAGUUACAUUUCAACCAAAAAAAAAAGUACCAACCAACGAUGUUGAGUCUUAUUUAAAGCAGGUGAAUGAAAACAUUGUCAUUGCCACGGUAGAAGAAUCCAAUAGUAUCACCAGGACGAAUCUUUUAGAUCGAUUAGAUGACAACUUGCAUUCUGAUUGGAAAUAUGAAAAACGUCAAAUUUUAGAGGAGUGGGAUUAUGAGGAAGAAGAUAAAAAGUUUGGAUUUACGACAGGAGUAAAGGAUAAGAAAAUCCAGGAUAUGAAUAAUAAAACCAUCAGCUAUGCAAAAAUAAUCAAGCAAUUAAAUGACAGCCGCUUAUUGUCUGAAAAAUUCCCAAUCAUCAAUAAGUGUAAAACUUUAUCCACUUCAACCCAAUGCGAUAAAUCACAGGAAAGAUCUCGGGCAGAUUCUUGGAGUAUCGUAUCAUCUAUUGCUAAUGAAUCAAAGGGAAAUAACCAUCGCGUGGGUGGUGAAUUUGUCCAUGAUUGCCGUGUUUGGAUUGCUUCAUCGAAACGUUGGUUGGAAACAGAAUAUCAAACAUUUAUGAACGAUACGUUAAACAACAAUGCUUCAGAAGCAAAAGUUGGUGGUUGCCCAUCGUUGAUGCAUCGUAUCUAUUCAUUUAUGAAAUUGAUCUUUAUGAAGAACGCAAGUUGGGUAGAUCCAAUGUUCGAAGUUGACCAAGAAUAUCCUAUAUGGUUAUUUACUUAUCUCUUGAUUCGAAGUGGACAUUCAGAUUUGGCUCUGGGGUUUGUUGAAAAGCAUGUAAACUCGUUUCACGAAUCACCUGAAUUUCCUCCUGCUUUAAAAGAAUAUUUGAAAUCUUCGGAUAAGACCGUAUCAGACGAAACCAGCAAAAAAUUACUCGAAAAGUACCAGGAAAUGGUGUAUGGAAAUGUCAGAUAUGAUCCUUACAAGAUCCUUUUGUAUAAGGUUAUUGGUCGAUGCGAAGUAGAGAAGGCAAAUAUUCCUGCUGUCAUUAGAACAGCGGAGGAUUACUUGUGGUUGGAGCUUUCUUUAGUCCGUGAAAGUGUGCAUGAGAAGAGAUACAGACUAUCUGAUUUCCAAAAGAAAAUUACAGCAUAUGGAUCUACGCAUUUCGAUCCCAACGGUAAAAACCCUUGGUUUUACUUUAAGGUUCUUUUAUUGUCUCUGCAAUUUGAAAGGGCCAUUGAUUAUCUACACAAGUUGGAAGAGUUCAGAUUAGAGGCUGUACACUUUGCUAUCAGUUUCGCCUAUUAUGGUUUGAUUCGUAUACCAAGUGAUCCUCUGGGCUACACCGUUGAUUUAUUGGUUACGGAACCUGAUGGCAAUGUUAGUUUAAACUUUGCUCGUAUUAUUAAUCAAUACGUGCGUCUAUUCGUAUCUGAUCAAGCCGAGUUUGCACUCCAAUAUUUAUACCUUAUCACUCUUUACUCAAACGAGGAUAUGACGACUAUCUGCCGCGAAUAUAUUGCCAAUUACAUCGCAGGCCGUACUGAUUACAAGAGCAUAAUUAGAUCUGUCGAUAAAAAUUAUGCGCCAUUACAACAGGGAUCGAUUGCUCCAUAUAAACCACUAUUCGGUAUCCCCAUGUACGAGAGCGAACUUUAUAGAAACACCAUCCUGUCACCUAUUGCUCAAAAGUUUCAACGCAGAGGAAAAUAUACCGAUGCAGUCAAUGUUUAUGUAUCCAGUGGAAACUACACAGAAGCCUUACAAGUUUUAAACUUCCAAUUAGACCACACGUUGAACAUGUGCAUCAAAUUAGGAAAAAUAGAAGGCCACCAAGUAGACCAUCAAUUAAUUGAUUUCUGUGUUUCGACUUUGCAGAGUUAUGAAAGCGGAGCAAAUAACAGUUGUGACUCGGAUGUGUUGAUCGUGAAUCACACUCUUCUUAAAAUUCUUAAAGCAACUCUCCAUUAUGAAAGACACGAAUAUGAACAAGUGGUCGAGCUUAUCAAAUCAACAAAUAUAUUCCCCGAGAGUAGCGACUUUAGUGAUAUUCAAAUAGCUACAGCAAGAUUUAAUAAUAGUACUCCAUACAGUAUCCGCAAGCACAUUGAUUAUGUAUUGAUCAUAGUAAUGGAAUCGUACUCUAAACUCUGUGAUAAAUAUUCUAAACAUAAUCUCAAUUUACAUAAUAUUAACCAAAUGAAUAUCGCCAAGAUCAAGAAAGAGGCCGUAACAGUAAUGUCAUUUGUUGCUUUAAUUGAUUACAAGAUUCCUGCUGAGAUAGUUGUUAAAUUGAACAAGCAAGAUAUAUUGUCAACUUUUAACUGAGAUUACAGCAAUAUCGUUUUUAUUUAAAUAAAUCCCCAGUAAAUUAUGCAAAUAAUAUAUAUGUCAUGG